AUGUGGACUGUUAUUGCAGUUGCUAGGACAACACAAGACUACAUGAUUACACAACCGCACGUGAAGGGUAUCCCCCUUAGCUAUAUCGGGGAGUCCCCUUCUGAGUCAGGACACAGAGAAAUCAACAGCUCAUUCUUCAGCUUCUGGAUCAAUCCUGCACACACUGUGAUUAUGGCCGAGAUUAUGCCUGAUGGACCCAAGGAGAUUCCUGAUCGACAAAUCAUCGUGAGGGAUAUACAAGCGAUAAGAGUUGAACCUGGCAAACCACUGCGACAAGUUCAAGUGUCCGACGAAACUUACUUUAAGGCGAAAAAAUUUGUCCUGACGUCUCCCAACACCCUGGAUAAUGGCAGCGUUCAUCGAUUCAAGAUCCUGUACAGAUUGCCCUCUGGCAAGUCCAUCUAUGAUCUGUUGAUAGCUGACGCUGGCUCUACCACACUACAAGACGCUGAUCAGAAGAUCACAGAAUGGCAGGAUGCUAGCAAGUCCCUUGUUCGCUAUGCACUCAACCUGUUACUGGCUCCAAAGAGACCUGAGUUUCAGCGACUUAAGCUAUCAAGCUCUUACUACGUCUAUCAAGUGGCCAAAAAGUUGAAAGGAGCAGAAGAGUUACUUCAGGCAAUGGGCUAUGAGAAAAUCGGAGGUUCUAGAGAAGCUCAGGAACUCAAAUAUACUGGAGAUGUUGACUCAAACAAGAUUGCAGAGACCGCUGCUGAUCUGGUCAUUCUCGAUGGAGAGUUGGAUAGAAUAAAGAGCCUCGUUGUGUAUGCAAAUAAUGAACACAUUCCGAUUAUUCUAUCAAUUAUUCUGGAAGUUCGAUCCUACCCAACGAGUAUCUACACUGAUGCCAAGUUCACUCUUGAUCAGUACCAUCCUCAGGGACACCUUCCUGUACAACCCUUUGAACACAGACUAGCUGCUCAGGGACAGUCCCCUCCACCAAGAGCACAAGGCAGUCAACAACAACACUAUGCAACUCCUCCCCCUCAACGACUCACUCCCUUGCAGUGGCAACAAUCACAAUCCAGGUCAAUGCAGCCACACGGACAACCCUCUUAUCCUGAUACUCGUCGUAGCUCUGCCCCAAAUGUUGAUCAGCGAAAAAAAGCAAAUCAGGUGCGUAUUGAUAAUCACCCGAAGAACUUACAACUAUCUGAAGAUUUGUAUGCUAAUUUUCCGGUAAAGAAAGACAGUAUUAACGAUUACGUUAACUACACACCAAGGACACCAUUUUCACCUCCGGAUCCAAACGAUUUCCCUGAACCAAUUGUACAGUCUCAAUCUGAACUAGCAAGGCUUAACCUGUUUGGAGGGGAUGAUGGACCUUGUAGCAUGGUUGAUGCUCGCUCUGAACAAGUCGGUUACAGUAAUGAUCCGUACUUGAAUAGUCUGGAAUCCACAAUGGGUAGUCCCGAAUAUAACGCUGAGUUUAACAAACAGGCCGAAGAUGCUUGGCAAAUAGGAACACCAACUCAGAAACGAACAAUAUCUAAAGAAGAGAUUGUUGAUCCUGAAAUCAAUGAAGAAGAACAGAUCGUUGAUGUUAAAGAUGAUAAUUUGGUGACACAAGAAUGGUUGAACGAAACUGUUUCUACCGAGGAUCGUAGUUAUGAUAAUCAAAGUAAUUUUCAACCUAAGGAGGACUUCAAGAAAUAUGACAAACCAAUCCCUGAAGUAAAACAGAAGACGGAGGUACCUGAGACCCUUGGCCGCCAACAAAACAAUGAACCAUCACCUAACCUACCUAACCUGGACACUCCCGAGCCUGAUACUACUCGAGUACAAGCUAAUCACUGGCAACACAAUACGUGUGAUUAUCAAAAUAGACCAGCUGGAUAUAAACCAAUAGCUAAGCCUCGAAGCAAACUUGAUGUGGAAAAAUCCUCCACUGGUUCACACCUACCAACACCCAGUAUUGAGACUCCCUACAAACCUCACACAAGUCCACUGAGCAGUUUGGAACAGCAAUCGUUCUCAUCGAAUGAUUCUGAAGACUUUCGUAGUGCACCCAGUCAACAGCCUACAACUCUCGAUAACACAACAGAUGAUCAUUUGAAUCUAAAACAAGAAGAUUUUGUACUUGUGAGUAGUCCAGAAUCUUCAACCACUACUGGGAGUCAAGAAGGUGAUCGUACAGGAGAAUUUGAACAUGUUAGCUAUGAUUCUUCAACACAAGAACUGUUCAGCACCACCAUCAAUUUAGAUUCAAGCGAGCAGCCUCCCUCACGUCCUCUUGGUAGCUUGUCUCCACAGCCUCCCUCAGGUCCUCCUGAUAGCUUACCUCCAAUUACUCGCUCGAGAUCAGCAGCAGUAUCCAAAGGAAGUCCUACCACAUCUUCAUCGUCUAUAGUUGCGACACCACACUCAGCUACUGCUACUGCUCAGUCUCCUGGACCACGGUCACCAGAUGUGGUGUCUAGGAAGCAUAUUGGUGCAAUGUUGUCUAAUGCUGUGGGUCGUGAUCGAUCAAGCACACAUACUGAUUUAGAUAAAGGUUCUAGACCUCCAGUUAAGUCUACACUGUCUCCACAGCCUCCACAGCAUACCAAUGUGGCUGGAACAUGGACUUGUGAUUAUUGUACUAAUCUUGUGUUUGAUGGUGAUAUUUGUGAUGUUUGUGCUCAUGAACGCGGUACACUUGUAUAAUUGCUUUUUUUUUGCUCAUGUGAAUUCAUUUGUUUUGAAGUGAUAAAUAUCAUGCAUUAUA